AUGUACAGAAAUUGUACCGUUCUGUUUCUUUUUUAUUUAGUACAAACCUUAUUUCUAAUUACUUCGGCAGAUAGAAAUAUUGGUGCAAUAUUUGAUGAUGGUAGUUUUUUGUACGAAGCUGCAUUUAAUGUGGCUAUUGAAAUGGCGUCGGAAAAUCAAGAAAAUCCUUUUGUUGCAAAUGUUAUAAAAACUUCACCUGGUGAUAUCGUAGAGGCAGAAAAUGCCCUUUGUUCUCUACUAGAGAGUAAUAUAUUUGCAAUAUUUGGACCUGUUCAUAAAACUUCUCUGCUACACGUUCAAUCCAUAGCGGAUUACAUCGAAAUGCCUCAAGUUAUCACUGAAUUUAUAGAAACUCAAAAUCGUAAUUGGUCUGCUGUGAAUUUAUAUCCCAGUUACUUAGCUUAUUCACAGCUUUUUAUAGAUAUAAUCGCAAUUAAAGGUUGGACUGAUUUUACAAUAAUUUAUGAAGGUGCCGAACUGUUACCAUUUUUAGACACUAUUUUAACUAUGCAAAAUGUAAUUACAGAAGAAAAUUUUAAAAUAAAUGUUGUUCAACUAACCGAUGGCGAUGACUACAGAAACCAAUUAAAAACUAUAAAAAUGUCUGGCUCAGUUAACUAUUUAAUAAUAAGCGGAAAAGAAAAUUUACCUCAGAUUCUUCUACAAGCUCAGCAGGUUGGAAUAAUGUCUGAUGAACACAGCUAUUUAAUUAUGAACCCUGAUUUUCAUACUCUUGAUUUAGAACCAUUUAAGCAUGGAGGUUCAAAUAUUGCUGGUAUACGGUUUUUUGACCAGAAUUCAAAAAAUAUUCGAAAUUUCAUAAAAGCCUUAAACGAAAAAGUAAUUGAGUUAUCUGAAGGAAAAAUUGAAAGUGCUGUUCCAGAAUUUGGGCUUACUUUAAGUUUAGCUUUAUUAUACGAUUCAGUUAUCUUGUACACUUCAGCCAUAAAUACAAUAGGCUUGAACGAAGGUUCUAAUACAACGUGUGAAAGUAAGGAGAAUUGGAAUUUUGGGUCAAGUAUUAUAAAUUUUAUACGAACUAUAGAAAUGUAUGGGCUAACAGGUCCUGUUAAGUUUAAUGAAGAUGGCUUACGUUCUGAUUUUGAAGUAGAUGUUCUUGAAGUCAUGUCUCAUGGAUUUGAAAAGAUAGGUUCAUGGACACCUGAAGACGGGUAUGUUGAAACAAGAGUAAUUAUACCGCCAGUAGAAGAAGAAGGAAGUGACUCUAUGAAAGGCAAACAUUUUAUAAUACUAACUGCUUUGAGUGCUCCGUAUGGAAUGCUUAAAGAAUCAUCAAUUAAACUGGAAGGUAACAAUCGCUAUGAAGGUUUUGGAAUCGAGCUUAUAGAAGAACUUGCUAAAAUGAAUGAAUUUAAUUACACAUUUGAAAUACAAGCAGAUGGUGUAUAUGGAGCUUACGAUAAGAAACAACGAAAAUGGAGCGGCAUGAUGGCGAAAAUAAUGGAUGGUAGGGCUGAUUUUGCUAUAACCGAUUUAACUAUUACUAGUGCUAGACAAAAAGUGGUUGACUUUACAAAUCCUUUCAUGAAUCUUGGAAUAACGAUUCUUUAUAAAAAACCUACUAAACAACCACCUAAUUUGUUUUCUUUUAUUUUUCCAUUUUCAUAUGAGGUGUGGGGUUGGUUAGCUGGUGCAUAUGUUGGAGUUUCGGUUCUUUUAUUUAUAUUAGGAAGAUUCGCUCCUGAAGAAUGGCAAAAUCCUUAUCCUUGUAUUGAGGAACCAGAAACUUUAGAUAAUCAAUUUACUUUAGCCAAUGCUUUUUGGUUUACAUUAGGAAGCGUCCUUACACAGGGAUCUGAAAUUGCCCCAAUAGCCGUAUCAACAAGGAUGGCUGGUAGUAUGUGGUGGUUCUUUACAUUAAUUAUGGUUUCAUCAUAUACUGCAAAUUUGGCUGCAUUUUUGACAGUUGAAUCGAAAUUCUACGCUAUUAAAAGUGUAUCAGACUUAGCAAACAAUCCGUACAAAAUUACCUACGGAGCAAAAAAAGGUGGAGCUACUUACGGUUUUUUUAAAGAAUCAGAUAAUUUACUAUACCAAAAAAUGUGCAAGUAUAUGGAUGAUCACCCAGAAUUAAUGACAUCAUCUAACGAAAAAGGCUUAGAAAGAGUUAAGUCCGAAAAGGAAAACUACGCUUUUCUAAUGGAGUCAACCUCAAUUGAAUAUAUGGUGGAAAGAAACUGUGACGUUGCUCAAGUGGGAGGUUUACUUGAUAACAAAGGUUAUGGAAUCGCAAUGAAAAAAAAUUCACCUUACAGGCAACCAAUGAGCGAAUCAAUUUUGCAAUUACAAGAACAAGGCAUAUUAACGCGAAUGAAAGACAAAUGGUGGAAAGAAAAAAGAGGAGGUGGUGCUUGUGCGGAUGAUGAUGCAAGUAGUGGAGAUGCACAGCCGUUGGUUUUAGCUAAUGUGGGUGGCGUGUUUAUAGUUCUUGCAGCUGGCUCUGGAUUGGCGGUAGUUUGCGCCUUUAUUGAAAUGAUUUUCGACGUUUGGAUGAUAUCACAUAAAAAUAAGGUAUCGUUCAGAGAUGAACUCAUCGCGGAACUGAGAUUCAUUCUAAGUUUCAGUGGUGAUACUAAGCCAGUCCGUCACAGAGAAUCUACUGGGUCAAAAAGUUCUAAGAAGGAAGAAGAAGAAAAGUGUGAAAGCGGUGAAAUAGUUUUUAACGGAGACGAAAAUCGAGUUGAUCCUUCCCCUACUCCACGUUCUGAAAGAUCAUCGCACUCACAUCAUAAAGUACAUAGCCGAAGGCAAAGUAAUACCAUUCAAAUAGCCAAAAUGCGUAAAUUUAGUUAA